CAACUACUCACACCACCAAGACGCACAAGAAGGAUCAUCAACACGCUGUCUGUGGACAUCUGAUUGCUUCAUUAAUGAUUAAAAAGUUGCAGGUCUUAAACAAGAGAGAAGGGGGCUCAUCUCAACAACUGGACAUCUUACUGAAUGACUGCGGGAAGACUUGACUUAUAUUCACUGAGUACACAACUCUCAGUAACUCAAGAAAAGAAGAAAUCUGAUUUUCAGUUUUUUUGUUUAGACGUUGAGAGCGAGCUAACGUGUCUUCAGUGGUCAUGGCGUCAACAGGUCUUCAGCUGCUGGGCUUGGUGUUUGCAGUGCUGGGUUGGGUGUGUGGGGCCUUGGUGUGUGCAGCCCCUCUCUGGCGUGUGUCCGCCUUUGUAGGUGGAGAGCUGGUGAUUGCCCAGGUGUUGUGGGAGGGACUGUGGAUGAACUGCUUGUCUCAGACCACAGGCCACAUCCAGUGCAAGACCUAUGACUCCACCCUGGCCCUGCCCACAUCUGCCCAAGCCGCACGGGGCCUCAUUGUUCUCUCCCUGCUCCUCUGCCUUCUUGCCCUCAUACUUGGGGUGACAGGGGCCAAGUGUACUCACUGCAUGGGUGACGGCAACCAGGCCUCCAAGUCUCGUCUGGCCAGGAUAUCAGGCAUGCUCUUCGUUGUGGCUGGCCUGGCCUACUUGAUACCCAUCUGUUGGACUGCCUAUACAAUCAUCAGGGACUUCUAUGACCCGAACGUUGCAGCGCCUUUAAAGAGAGAGCUGGGACCAGCGCUGUACCUGGGCUGGGGGGCCUGUGUGAUGCUUGUGUUGGGGGGUGCUCUGCUGCAUGUCGGCUCCUCUCCACCAGGAGGAAGAACCCCGACUGUUUUCAGCGGAGCAGCAAAGGACAAGUCAAACACUGUGGCAGCAGGAGAGGUGAAGCAGCAGGAAAAAUCUUUUGUAUGAGAUAAUUUUUUGGACAGCUGAGGCACACACAAGCACAGAGGUCACAACCUCAUCAAACACACAAUCUGUUAUCAGUUUCAUGAAGUUAUAAUGUGGAUCUCAUUACACUUUGGUUUUACAUGUAUUAAUACAUUUACAUGAUAAAGCAAUGGGUUUUUCAUAGAAUUUACAUUAUUUAAUUAUUUAAUAUCUUUCUGUUAGAGUGGGAGUUGACAUGAAUUGUGGGAGGAUUUGAGAUGUUUCGUGGUUUACUAAUGAGUGACUCACAUUUCUCAAAUUCCACUGUGUGUGUGGGUGAUCUGUGUACAGAAGGCCAGUGUACAUAACAUAUCUGCGUAUGCUGGUGUUGUCACUGAAAAUAUGUGUGGGCCGUCACAGCGAUGCUUGUUUACUUACUUUUUAUGAAGUUUUCUAUAGUAUUUCUAGAGGAUCUGGGGUUUCAAAGCAAAUUCACUCAUUUCAUUUCAUGUAAUUCUUGUUUACAUUUAUCUUUUACUGUGGUUCUGCAAUAUGCAUUUUUACUGUACUCUUUUUAAUGAUCUCAGCACCCCUAUUGUCUAUGUUUUAGAGCUUGUUUUAUUGGCUUAAAUAAGAAAAAUACUUUUGUGUAAUAUAAUUUCCAGUAGUAGUAGUUUUGAUCAAUUAGUUUAACAAAAAAUGAUUUGUUGCUGAUCUGAACAAAAAUGUUUAAAUGUUGUAAUGACCUUGUGUCCUCUGACUUUGUGUCUGUAGUUCACUAAAUCUCACCAUUAUAUAAAAGUAGUGUUUGGGCCUUCGCUGAGUUAGGAUAGUAUAGAAAAAAGGUUGGCUAUGGUCAAGGUUAGGAAUACAUAGUCUACAUCUAAUCAAAUCAAAUCACAUUUUAUUUACAGUGCAAAAUCACCAUCCAGCAUACAUUUUCCAAGAAAUACACAGGAUCAAAUAUAAAAGAGUAAAAAACGUAAUGCACAAGGAUGUUACACGUCUUCUAAUGUUUCAUCAAGCUUUUGCCACCUCACAGUUUCCUCAGUAACAAUGUACAGUUUACAUUAUUCAGUACAUAAUAUGACAUUCAAUUUUCCACCUUUACUUUUGUAUUGACUGUUUUUUGUAUUAAGUGUAACCUGUUACGGACAAUAAAAAUAUACAUGUUGGGA